AUGGAGCAGGAAGAGGAUCUGAUUACCCAGAGUUCAAGGGAUCUACCUGAGGCUCCUAGAGGACACAUAGCAGGCGGUGGGCCUGGGAUGGGGGGACUUGCGGGCGAGCCAGCCCCUUACAAGUGCUCCGUUUGCCGAAAGAGGUUCAACAAGACAUCCAACCUGGUCCAGCACGAGAAGAUCCACACGGGCGAGAAGCCCUACAAAUGCUCGCAGUGCGGGAAAAGGUUCACCCGGAGCAACAACCUGGCCGAGCACGAGAGAAUCCACACAGGAGAGAAGCCUUUCAAAUGUCCCGAGUGCGGGAAGACCUUCAACCGCAGCUCCAUUCUGCUCAGGCACCGGAGGAUCCAUACGGGAGACAAGCCCUACAAGUGCCCCCGGUGCGGGAAGAGUUUCAACGAGAGCGCCCGGCUCCGGGUGCACCAAAGGACUCACCUGACAGAGGUGGCCUACCUCAUCGACAGCAACGGGGAGGCCACGGCCAUCGACACGAGCGGCGUGGCCCACAGUUGCUCCGACUGCGGCAAGACCUUCAGCCUCUACUCCAACCUGACGAAGCACCAGAGGAUUCACACGGGCGAGAAGCCGUACCGCUGCGCCCAGUGCGGGGUCCACUUCAGCGAGGCCUCCAACCUGAUCCGCCACCAGAGGUACCACGCACGAGACAAGCCCUUCCAGUGCCCCAUGUGCCAGAAGAGCUUCGGCCAGAGCUCACACCUCAUCCAGCACCAGCGCAUCCACACGGGCGAGCGGCCCUACAAGUGCCCUGACUGCGGGAAGAGCUUCAUCGAGAACUCAACGCUGAGGAAACACCGCCGGAUCCACACCGGGGAGAGGCCCCACCGGUGUGUGGAGUGCGGCAAGAGCUUCAGCCUCAGCUCCCACCUGGUGACGCACCAGAGGAGCCACACCGGGGAGCGGCCUUACAAAUGCGAGGAGUGCGGGAAGGGCUUCGCCGACACGUCCUCCCUCAUCAUCCACCGCCGGAGCCACACCGGGGAGAAGCCCUACAAGUGCGACGUGUGCGGCAAGGCCUUUGUGCUGAGCUCCGUCUACCUGAACCACCGCCGGACUCACACCGGGGAGAAGCCUUUCGGCUGCCCCGACUGCGGCCGCGCCUUCCGCCAGUGGUCGCAGCUGGUCAUUCACCGGAGACUCCACACGGGCGAGCGGCCCUACAAAUGCCCCUAUUGCAACAAGGGGUUCUGCGACAGCUCCACCCUGACGAAGCACAAAAGGACCCACACGGGAGAGAAGCCAAACACGUGCGCCGAGUGCGGGGUGAGCUUCGGCUCGAAGGCGCAGCUGGAGGAGCAUCAGGCGCUGCACGGGGGAGAGGCGUCUGCUCUGGCUAUCCUGUAG